CCGCCCUUCCCUCUCGGGGUCCGGGGCUCGAGCUGCGGCGGCGGAGGCGGCCACGGUCACUGGCGCGGAGCGGUUCGGGCUGACCGGACGGGACGGGCGUCCGGGGCAGCCUAGCGCGGUACCUCCCGCCCCGCACACCCAGCCGGGAGGGACACUGGACCCGGGUAGGGGAUCGCGGCCGCUCCAGCGAGCCGUGGGCACUGCCACCUGCUCACCUACUCUCCCUGGCCCCAGAGCCCACUCCGUGCUGGUGGAACCGUGGCGGCUGGCCACCCAGCAACAGUCCAGGAAGAUGAGUACCUGUGGGAGGAAGGCCCUGACCCUGCUGAGCAGCGUCUUUGCUGUCUGUGGCCUGGGCCUCCUGGGUAUCGCGGUCAGCACCGACUACUGGCUGUACCUGGAGGAGGGCGUGAUUGUGCCCCAGAACCAGAGCACCGAGAUCAAGAUGUCCCUGCACUCGGGCCUCUGGCGGGUCUGCUUCCUUGCAGGUGAAGAGCGGGGGCGUUGCUUCACCAUAGAAUAUGUGAUGCCCAUGAACACCCAGCUGACAUCCGAGUCUACGGUCAAUGUUCUAAAGAUGAUCCGCUCAGCCACACCGUUCCCUCUGGUCAGCCUCUUCUUCAUGUUCAUUGGGUUCAUCCUGAGCAACAUUGGACACAUCCGUCCCCAUCGGACGAUACUGGCCUUUGUCUCUGGAAUCUUCUUUAUCCUCUCGGGCCUUUCUCUCGUGGUGGGCCUGGUGCUCUACAUUUCCAGCAUCAAUGACGAGAUGCUCAACAGGACCAAGGAUGCAGAGACCUACUUCAACUACAAGUAUGGGUGGUCGUUUGCCUUCGCCGCCAUCUCCUUCCUUUUAACGGAGAGCGCCGGGGUGAUGUCUGUGUACCUGUUUAUGAAGCGGUACACCGCGGAGGACAUGUACAGGCCCCACCCCGGUUUCUACCGCCCUCGGCUGAGCAACUGCUCCGAUUACUCGGGCCAGUUCCUACACCCAGAUGCCUGGGUCAGGGGCCGCAGCCCCUCCGAGAUCUCCAGCGAGGCCUCCCUGCAGAUGAACAGCAACUACCCUGCCUUGCUCAAGUGCCCCGACUAUGACCAGAUGUCCUCUUCGCCCUGCUGAGCCUUGGCCACCCCCCAUCCCUGGACUGUGGGUGGCCAGGCAACCCAGCCUGUUCUCUCCAGGUGACCCCUGAGCCCCAGGCCUGUGGUUGACAGGCCCAGGCCACCCACACUUAGCUGUUGUCACUUGACCCCAGUCCUCUCCCUGCUUCUCCAGAAGGGCUCUAACUGCCCCCCCAGCGUGGUUGUGGGAGUCUGGAGUUUGCAGGCAAGCUGAUUGGCUGGGAACAUGGAAGAAGCCCCACCCAUGUGAGUGCCAAUCACAGCUGUGGCUCCAGGAAGCCAACUGCUCCCUGCAAGCCCAGGAGAGGCUGAUGUUCCCUUUGUAUAUUCUUCCUGCACCCUCAACUUCACAGCCCUAGCCCAGGGCCAGCUCUGAGAUGCCAAGUUCCUUACACAGAUGCAGCUGGACUCACGCACUUGCCAAAUGACUUGGCCGUCACAUUCAAGAUCUGCACCGUCUGGCCGAAAGGUGACUCUGAUAUGGAGGUUUGGCUGGCUUAGACACAUCAAGCUGGCAGUGUUCCUUCUGAACUCCUUUCUCGUCCGAGUCCCUCCACACAACACACCUGUCUGUGCUCUCCCUCUCCCCUCCCUGACACAGGCUGUGAAUCUUUCCUCCCACCAGAACUCAGCUGCCCUGGGUCCUGGCCCUAAGGGACUAAGAGUGGCUCUGGGGCCACACUGAUGAAGUCACAAAGAGGUGUUAAUGGCUGAAGACAUCCUAAUAUGUAUGGCCCUUUGAUGACAUUUUACAGGAACCUUUUAUGCCUUAACCCAAAUAACUGGUUCUGACAAUGAGAAUUUUAGAAUUGGGCUGGUCUGAGUUCCUAUCACCAGACACUGUUUCUGGCCUUGGGGAUGCUGUCCCCUUACAAGCGCAGUAUUUCUGGACCAAAGUCCUACAGUGGAAUCUUAUAGACAGCGUCUAAACCACCUAAGAGGAAAGUAGCCUUCGAAGAGGCUGCCUGGGAGUUGGAGCUGGAUUUGAUGACAGCUGGUGCAUUUUGAGUUCAAACAAAGGCAGACUUGAGAUAAUCCAGCUGCUCUCCGAAGGCUGCCUGUGAACACUAGGGGGUGGCCAAUUUAUUCCUAAUAUAGAGUGUCUGCUUCCUGGGUGUGGGACAGACGUGGGCAAAUUAGAUUUUUCCAGAAGACCAGGCAGUGUGACACCCAUUCUCCUGGUGGGAAAUCAGAGCUGGGGGGUUUCAAUACCUUCCAUGAAGUCCACAGAAGCUACUGCAAGCCACGCCCACGCCCCUCGGCUCUCCGAGUGUCGGCUCAGCUUAGACAGUUUAGGUUUUGAGAUUUUGAGUAGCAAAACAGUGCUGUGUGUCGCUGCUGUGCCAGCUCUCCUCUCGCCCUCUUUAAGACACCAUUAGGUUCUGAGAACACAAAGCCACGGCGGCGACACAGGGGCCCCAGCGCGUGGUCCAGAAUGCUGCACAUUGGUUCGUGCAGGCUUGGAGGGGUGUUGUGCUAGGCAGCCGGGCUGCUGUAAUGAACUAUCACAGACUGGGGGGCUUAAAUAGCACACAUUCAAUUUUCUCACAGUUCUGGGGACCAACGUCCAAGAUCAAGGUGUUGGCAGAACUGGCUUCUUCUUAGGCCGUUGUCCUUGGCUUGCAGACAGCUAAUUUCUUGCUGUGUCCUCAUAUGGUCUGUGUGCCCAUGUCCCUGGUGUCCCUCAGUGUGUCCAAAUUCUUUUUUUUUUUUUUUUGAGAUGGAGUUUCACUCUUAUUACCCAGGCUGGAGUGCAAUGGCGCGAUCUUGGCUCAACGUAACCUCCGCCUCCUGGGUACAGGGAAUUCUCCUGCCUCAGCCUCCCUAGUAGCUGGGAUUACAGGCACGCGCCACCCCGCCCUGCUAAUUUUUAUAUUUUUAGUGGAGACAGGUUUUCACCAUGUUGGCCAGGAUGGUCUCGAUCCCUUGACCUUGUGAUCCACUCACCUCAGCCUCCCAAAGUGCUGGAAUUACAGGCUUGCACCACCGUGCCCGGCCUCAAAUUCCCUCUUCUGAUAAGGACACCAGUCAGAUUGGAUUCGAGCCCAUCCCCAAUUAAUUGGUGGUUAAUUUUCAUGUAAUAACGUCUUUAAAGGGCCCAUCUCCAAAUACAGCCAUAUUCUGAGUUAAUGGGGGUGGGGGUCAUUCCACAAAUGAAUUUAGGAAAGACAGCUAUUCUGUUGCUGGAUUCUUCCAUUUGUCUGGCAACAUGGGAGAGGGUAAAGAUAAGCCAAUUCUGGUCCCAAUUCAGCCCUGAGGGGCUUGGCCUAAAUGGGUUCCAAGCCCACUCCACUCCCACCCACCCACAACUCCAAUGAUUCAGCCUCAUGUGGGAGGCUCCCUGUUGCUUUUGUAUGUGACUUUUCAGUGCUGGCCUAUAAACUGAUAGCUGCGAAGCCCCCUCCCUCUCCACUGGCACCCUCGCAAUGAUGGUUGUACUCUUCCGUUACUGUUUACAGAAUACUACCAAAACCAUGUUCUUCCCCCAACAAAGUAAGGUAAUCAGUUUUGUGCUUGGAGACAGUCAGAUAGCAUUUCCAAAUUGGACAAUCAUUUAGGUAAGCUCUACUCCAAUUUUCGUCAAUGUAAUUAGCACCUAAUUGCACUUUUGUCUCUCUACAAUACUCUUUCUCUGUCACUGCCAGGCUGGUUUUUUGUGUACCUGGAAAAAAUGGAAUCCACUCCUAAGUACAAGCUGGCUGUAGACUCAGA